CAAAGAAGGCAAGGAAGCUGACGUAUAGAAUUCUAAGAGUUGUCUUGCCACUGAACAGUACGCAGCUUUUAUUUGUGUUUGUAAAAGUUAAAGUAACCUAUUUAGUAAAAAUGUCUGGAAAGAACAACAAAGCUUUUACAAAAGAAGAAGAGUUAUUGUUGCAAGAUUUUAGCCGGAAUGUGUCCACAAAAUCGUCUGCUCUCUUUUACGGGAACGCUUUUAUUGUUUCAGCAAUUCCAAUUUGGUUGUUCUGGAGGGUACAUUCAUUGGAAAUAAGCACCGCAAUUAUUUGGUUUAUCCUAGUAACGGCAGCUAGCACCUGGUUGCUGGCUCUUGCCUACCGUAACACUAAGUUCCAGUUGAAGCACCGUGUUGCUGUGCGCAGGGAGGAUGCUGUUGCCCGUGAAAUGUCCAGGAAGCUUGCUGAUGAUAAAAAAAUGAGCAGAAAAGAAAAGGACGAAAGAAUCUUGUGGAAAAAGAAUGAGGUGGCAGAUUAUGAAGCUACCACAUACUCAAUUUUCUACAAUAACGCACUUUUCCUGACUAUUGUCAUCUUGAGCAGUUUCUACAUUCUGCGUACAUUCACACCUACAGUUAAUUACAUUGUGUCUCUCACGGCUGCAUCUGGACUUCUUGCUCUACUCUCCACAGGAACCAAGUGAAGAUGGAAGUUUAAUGCGCCACGUGAUACAAACAGUUUUAAUAUUAAACAUUUUAGACAUACUGUGGCAAUUAAAAAUAUGAAUGAGUUGUGAGUGUAUGUGUUACAGUAAAUUAUAUUUGUUAGUUAAAAAGUUUUUACUUUACAUAGGAAAUAUGUCAGUUUAUGAGAGUUUUAAAUAAGUAAACAGAUUUUAAUAAUAAAACAUAUUUGAACAAUACUUGCAUUUAUUUACAACCUUUUAAGUUAUGGUUACAUUUAUAACAUCAUUAGGAGCAUAGUUGAGCUUCUUUUUUGUCUGGGUGGGCUUAAACAUCAUUAAAAUCACAAACUGUAUUUAUUUGAUAAAAUAUAUGAAAAAUGAAAUACAUAAUUUUUCAUUCGUAUGCUGAUAUGCCAUAGUUGUUUUCAUUUAAGGAAACUGACUAGAAAGUGAGAGUAUUUAUUCAUCAUAUUUAUGAUACCAAUUGAAGACUAUAUUUAAUUUCGUUUUUAAAAGUCAAAGGACGAAAUAAGUCUAAUAACUUUGUACAUUAUUGACAUUAAGACAUAAUCGAAUCUA